CUUCCCCGAUAGCAAAAUAUUUGGAACCCUAGCUAGAGCCUAGAAGUCGCUCUUGUCAGUAUAUCACCAUGGACGAAUCCGCCAUCAAAGGUCUGAAAGUGUUUGGUGCAGACGCUCCAAAACCCCGCAUUUUGACGACGGUUUCCGUUGAGGGAUAUGACACUUCGCUUCCAAAGUAUCUUGCCGAGCUCUCGUUGAGAAAACUUUUCUCUUCAUGUGGAGAGAUUUUAUUUUGUCAUGUUUCCAGACACUAUGAUAGGGGUAUCCUCGUCAAGAGUGUUGCCUUCGUGAGGUUCGAGGGAGGAGCUCCCGAAGAAAAGGCGUUGAAACUUAAUGGAACUGACGUGGGAGGAUGGACUCCAAUCGUUAAGCCUGCAACCUGGGAUCUUCCUUCUUCUUUUGACGGCGUUACCCGAAAAGUUCAUUAUUGAUUGACGGCGUUAAGAUAUAAUAAAACGUGGCUUUGACGCUCAAUAAAACUUACAAUAUUACCAAAAAAGCCCUUUUAGUAUUGUGAUUUGCAAAUACAGUAACGUUUUUUGUCUCCCAUCCAAAACAUAUUGGUGGCAAGAGACUAUUUUUUAUGAAUAAAUCUUAAUUCAGCUUUAAUACA